CGCCCUUCCCUCUCUCUAAGGCAGCUCCCGACGACGAGCCAAGAAGAGAUCGCCACGCGGAGCGCUCAAGCUGCAGCUCCGGCGGGCUCGCGCCGCAGGCCGCGGGAGGUCUCUUCGGCGCAGGGGACAGCGGGCCCACGCACCGGGCAUGAAUCGGCGGUGGACAAACCUCCCUUUGAUAAACCUCCCCUCAAUGAAAACGGCCUGGGACCGAAACCGACGGACCUGGACCCGCAAAAAUGACGGCCGCGACGCCCUCUCGCGAACCGAAAGCGGCCAAUUCCUCAAUCGACGUGUCAGGGUAGGAGGUCUCUUCGGCGCAAGGGACGGCGGACCCGCGCACCGGGCCUGACCCUGAUGUCACGACUGCCGCGCCGAGCGCCCACGCCGGAGUCACAACGUCUCUUUCGUGCCCGUGCUGCUGGCCAGCCUUGACACCUGACGGUAGUUUAAGGAUGUAGAUGACGGCGUCUGUGACCGAUGACGUACUCGCCUCAUCUGGAGAGGGGAGACACGGAAUCGACAAAACAGAGAAUGGAACAACCCCAAAAACGGCUAGCACGACAACGCGAUGGUCGGCGAUCUGCGACGAAUCAACUGCCAUGAACUUGAAGCUGACCAAUGAUGAAAUACCUUCGCAAUGUAAGCCACACCCGUGACACCGACGUCGACGCAACCUGGAAAAUGACGUCGACCUGAAUGAUGACAAACGCAAUGCAAAAAUUGCAGAUGCCUGCCGGGUCUCAAAAACAUACCAACUCACGAUCGCCAUGGCCAAACCGGCUUUUGUAACGGUCGAAGACUGCUUUCAAGGUUUCCACGUACACUUUGUGCCACUUCACAACGUCCUCACUUGUCGGAACUUCGAUUUUGGGUAGCUGCACGACGUCACCAAAAACUGUAUGCAAGCCACCUCCAGUCGGCAGCAGUGGAAACAACAAUUUACCCCAAAACAGAGGUAGGACAAAACCGAAUCGCUUUACCAACCAUAAGUUCACAGGGCGAAGAAGCCUGCAACUGCGAUAUUGGUCAUUCUCACCGAAUGUAUAACACACGACAAGUGCAUAGCCUUGCUCCAAGCCGUAUUUGAUGAAACCGUAUCGGCUGUUUAUGUACACGUUCUCUUUUCCAUGCUCGUGGAUAGCAACUUCUUCGCUUCCUCCGGGUAAUAUCCCAAAAGGCGUCCGUGCCGCCAGCAGCUGCUUCAUACCCUGCUUGGUGGCGGGAGUACAAGCUGCCCACAGUCUCAGCACUGCCGACAUAAAUGGCACUUUCCAAAGGACAGGCGCCUGAACACCGUUGCAGUCUGCACUGAUGGAGACACUUGCAGGCAAGUACUUUCUGGGCUCCAUCGUUUUGACACGUAAGGCACCAUUGAAGCUAAAUCCCAAAGGGAGCACGCCAUGCGGGUGCUGGCACACCAUGUAGCCACCACCUUCCAAUGUCGACAAGAGGCCUCUGUGGAUCCACACCGUCGCCCCACCAGCACAGACGGCUCCUUGAAGAUAAAAGCGACAGAACGCAGGGGAGUGCCGAAAAGGAACCACCACACUCGCCGCGGCCAGCACUGCGAAUGCGACAGCACAUCGGAAGCCAGCCGCGCGGUACAGGAGAAGGGUGAUGAAUGGGCUGAGCGUGCCCACUUGCACGCCGCCCCAAACAACGAGCAUUGCCAGAGUACCUUUAGCAUACUCCAGAAUGCCACCACAUCCGAUGGUGUGGUGGAGCAACUCGUCACCAGUAGGUGAGUCAAUAGAGGCUGGUAUGGGUGUUGCCAUCUUGUUGGUUUGGUGAAGCGCUCUACUGUAUCACACGAUGGGUCAUUCAAGUCAAUGAUUCAACGGCCUGGCUUGACAAAAACUGCGGGAACCAAACACAUUGCAUGGGGAUCGGAGAAAUCCCUGGUCGGAUAACCCAAGGAGGGCAAAUUUAGCCACGAACGCAAUUAGACAGCGUGGAAGAG